CCUCAACUUCAACAUCCACAUCUACAAUCACAUCCACAUCCACAUCCACAUCCACAUCCACAUCCCCAUCCACACUCACACUCACACUCACACCCACACUCACAUCCACAUCCACAGCCACAACCACAUCAGCAUCAACAUCAACAUCAACAUCAGCAUCAGCACCAGCAUCAGCAGCAUCAGCAUCAGCAUCAACACCAACACCAUCUUCAUCAGCAACAGCAGCAGCAGCAGCAGCGGACCUCGCAUGUUCACACUUUGGGCGCACCACAACUGCAUCAAGAGGCGCUUCUGCCUCGUCACCUCCACUCGGUCGGGCCCGCCUCGACCUGCGUCCAUUCGGCCUUCUCCGGCCUCCUCUCCACCGCCAACGUCUACGCCGACGCCAUCACCUCCCCCUCCGCUUCCGCCUCAGCCUACCUCGCGGACGGGCCAAUCGGCGAAUCGACAGUCGAGCAGAACGGAGCACCAUUUCGGUCCAGCCAAUCAGUCGACACCGGAUUCGCCGGUCAGUUGGUCUACGACGCAGUGACCGGCUUCACGACCGUCGACACCGACGGCCUGUCCGGCAACACGAGACUCCUCCUCAACGACCGAGGCGAUGGCAUCGGCGUUGGCGUUGGCGUUGACGUUGACGUUGACGCUGGCGUCGGCCUCGACCUCGGCGCUCGACUUCUAGUCGGGUUCAACUUGAACCCCAACAUGGGACUUAUGGGCAGAGCAUCGCCCUCCUCUUCGUCCUCCUCGACAACUUCUUCCUUCUCUGCAUGCCCCUCUUCUUCGUCGUCUUCUUCUUCUUCUUCUUCUUCUUCUUCUUCCUCUUCCUCCUCCUCCUCCUCCGCCUCCUCUUCUUCCUCCACCUCGGCCUCCUCCACUUUGUCUUCAUCGCCUCUUUCCUCAGCUUCCUCACUUCCCUCCUCCAUCCCCACCUCCACUUCGUCCCUGGAGCCGGGGCCUGGAGCUCGAGGCCUUCCACGACGCUUUCUCGCGCCCAUCACCACCGGCUACGCCUCACAUGCGCUAGCAACCCUCGGCCCGAACCCCGGUCCAGCCAGAUCCAAUCAGAUCACAGACUCCACUCUUACCGGCUACCUGUCCGGUCAGUUGACGGGGGCCAUUCAAUUCUGCCUUCCAGACACGGCUAAAUCGGCAGAGGCCUAA